UGAAAGGGACCUCACCAUAGAAAAGCAGCCCACAAGCGCCUCAGCUCUCAGAAGGAGGCUGAGCUUCUGAGAGGACUUGUCUGAGGGUGGACCCAGCCGUCUGUUUGUCCAUCCAUCAUGGAACCAAAGCGGAUCAGGGAGGGCUACCUGGUGAAAAAGGGGAGUGUGUUCAACACCUGGAAACCCAUGUGGGUUGUAUUGUUAGAAGAUGGAAUUGAAUUCUAUAAGAAGAAAAGUGACAACAGCCCCAAAGGAAUGAUUCCUCUGAAAGGAAGCACUCUGACUAGUCCCUGUCAGGACUUCGGCAAAAGGAUGUUUGUGUUUAAGAUCACUACAACCAAACAGCAGGACCACUUCUUCCAGGCAGCCUUCCUGGAAGAGAGAGAUGGCUGGGUUCGAGACAUCAAGAAGGCCAUUAAGUGCAUUGAAGGAGGCCAGAAGUUUGCGAGGAAAUCCACCAGGAGAUCUAUUCGACUUCCAGAAACCGUUGACUUAGGGGCUCUGUAUUUGUCCAUGAAAGACACGGAAAAAGGAAUAAAAGAGCUGAACCUAGAGAAGGACAAGAAGAUUUUUAAUCACUGCUUCACAGGUAACUGUGUCAUCGACUGGCUGCUCUCCAACAAGUCUGUUCGGAAUCGCCAGGAAGGCCUCAUGAUCGCCUCCUCACUGCUCAACGAAGGGUACCUGCAGCCUGCCGGAGACCUGUCCAAGAACGCCGUGGAUGGGACUGCUGAAAACCCUUUCCUGGACAACCCUGAUGCCUUCUACUACUUUCCAGACAGUGGGUUCUUCUGUGAAGAGAAUUCCAGUGAUGAUGAUAUAAUUCUGAAAGAAGAAUUCAGAGGGGUCAUUAUCAAGCAAGGAUGUUUACUGAAGCAGGGGCAUCGGAGGAAGAACUGGAAAGUGAGGAAGUUCAUUCUGAGAGAAGACCCUGCAUAUCUGCAUUACUAUGACCCAGCUGGGGGGGAAGAUCCCCUGGGAGCAAUUCAUUUGCGAGGCUGUGUGGUGACCUCAGUGGAGAGCAACCCAGAUGCCAGGAAAAGUGAAGAAGAGAACCUGUUUGAGAUCAUCACGGCCGAUGAAGUUCAUUAUUUCUUGCAAGCGGCCACCCCCAAGGAGCGCACCGAGUGGAUCAAAGCCAUCCAGGUGGCCUCCCGGACUGGGAAGUGAGGACACACCUGCAGCUCCUCCUCACCCUCCAGAGGGAACCCCCCAAAUAAGCUUGGUCCAGGAUCUAUUCACUUCUGGAGACACAUCAACAAGAAAGGGCCCAGGGCUGGGAACUUUUCACCUGCGGGGGUUCUAAAUGUAACUAACCACAUGCCAGGCGAUGUGCACCUGCACCCCACCGUAUGGCUCACUGCAGUCUCUGCUACUCUUCGUGUCCCCCAAGCAGAUAUACCAAGCUAUGUGGAGUUGGCACACAGCUUAAUCUCUCAGGCCCCUGGUUCCUCUUCUGGAAAAUGAAGUGAAAGCCUUGAGGUCCUCCCUAGCUUAAAACCCCAAAGCCCCAUGAUUCUAACACCUUCCCCACCCCCAGCCGUCCAGCUGCUGUCCCUUCUUGACUAAGCCUUGGCCUUCAGAACCUGAAACAGCUCUUCCCUUUAUAAUCCUUGCAACCUGUACUAAAACGACUAGGCACAAACCACGUUUGUUCUUUUCCACUUCCUUCCCUUGCCCUUGGCCACAAGAUUAUGUAUCAAAACGAAGGAGACCUCUUUUCUUCCUCCCUCCCUCUACCCAGAAACGUCCUGAGAGCUAGCAGUGCAGUGGUGGCUUUCAGGGUGAAGCUUUCGUUCACUCACUAGAGCCUGGAAGGUUAUCAUGUCUUCUGCGAAAAAGACCCAGGGAGGCCUGGAGUAGCCGAGGUCUUUUCCAUGCCUUAAAGCCGCUCAGAGCAGGCGCUUUCCACUCCCACUCGAGGCUGAUCUGAGAGGGCCUACCUUGGUUUCUUUCAGGAGCAUUUCUCUAUCAUUUAUUACCAUUAGGAUGGGGAACUCCACAUCUUUGAGAUUGUUUCAUUUGAGUGUUUGCAGGAAAAAAAGUCACCACAUGGGUUCCCUUCAUGGUUUCUCUCCAUGGGUGCAGAGACAGCUGCCUGGUAAUGUGUGCCUCCAACCCCAGCUCCAGGGUGCAGGGGCUGGACCGCAGGCAGGCAGACGGGGUGAUAGGUUCAUAUAAAGUUAGCACUGAAGGGACAGAGCUGGUGGAGGUGGCGGUCAACGUGGUUUGGUGCUUUCAGUUCUGUGGUGAGUGACACUGUGGUUGUGCCUGAGCUUUAAGCAUAAGCUGUAGCAACUCCUUCUGGACCUCAUGGACCCACUUUCAACCAGACUGAUCUGACCUUGAUUCAAAUCAGGGACCGGUUUCCAAAUUUUGUUUGUGUCUACUCAUUGGUGAGCCUAAUCCAAAACUGAGAGAUAAACCGGGAUAUGUGUAAAGGUGUAUUUCCCAAUUUCAGAUUUUUAAUUCUAAGGCCCCAGUGAAGAAAGGAGAGUAGAAAAUUCUUCCUAAUUGUAUCAACUCUCUUCCCUCCCCCAAUUUCACACAAUAUCUAUGAGGCUAUUCCUAGUCCCAGAUUGUUUUAGCAAAGGCCUACGGGCAAAAGACCACCUUUCCUCUGAUUCUGUAGUAAACUGUUUUCUUAGAACAAGCACAGUAGUUUUUCGAUAUUCAGUGUUAAAAGUAUUUAUUAAUAUGGAAUCCACGUUAUGUUUUCAAAUAAAUAUGACUGUGUUUAGUGUC